ACACCUCACACCACAAUUCCGCUCACGCUAUACACAUGUCAACCGCCUGCUAGACGACUGUCUGGCCGAACAACAGUACUCUCUCCUCUCUGCAGCCAGCCUAGAGUCGUGUCUACUCGUUGUAUCGGUUCGCGCAGGCCAUCCCUCCCGAACACACCACCGCCCGCAGCCAGCAGCCACUGCGCUCUGAACCCCUAUCCUCCUUACGACAUCAAAAACCAACUUGGACAUUAAAUUUACAUACAUUUCGAUUGAAAACAGCCCAGAAUUGGCACGAUGAAGUACCUCGACCUGUGCGCCCUCCACGAGGUCAACCUCGCCCUCAACUUCGACACCCAAGAUACCGCCAUCAUUGGUGGAUGCGAUCUAUGGACUGUAAAGGCAGCUGGAAGUGACAAGAAAUUAUACAAGCGCAUUGAGAAGACACUGGAAGAGCGACACAAGGACCUGCUAUCGGCGGUUGCGGGGCUGUCGGAGCAAUCCGCCGCGCAAUUCGCUGACCAACUCGACAUUUCCAGAGAUAGCCCGUUUGGCACAUUCAGCGAGGCCGCGAACCGUCACACCUUUGCCUACCUUAUUGCAACGCUCAAUGCGACACACAUUGACUACGACUUUGCAAACACACUGAACCCCGAUGAGUUCCGUCGCGAAACCAUGCACAGUUUCAUGCACAAAAUCGAUACGACCAUGUACUACCUGCGGCCCCAGGUGUAUUCGGCCGGUCUCCCCGCAGGCGCCGUCACCCCGCUCGGCUCGCCGAUAUGGAGCCCCCGCUCGUGGCAGCUCGUUGACAGCGAGAUGGAUAUGUCGAGUUGCGAAUACUAUGCCUGGGAGCCGUCCGACGAUCCCUUUUCCGAUGACGGUGCAAUCUGGAGUCACCACUUCUUCCUAUACAACAAGGAGCGCAAGCGAGUCGCCUACUUUUACCUGCGUGGUAUAUCGGCACUCUCCAACUCGCCUAGCGUCGCCAUGUCGCUCAUGUCCAAGUUCAAAGCAUCCAAAUACGAAUCUUCAGCCAAUGCGGGCAGCAGGAAGCGCGCCGAGUACUGGCUGGGAGCUCGUGCUAAAAAGGGACUUGAGGCGUAUGGCGAUAGCGAUGAGCUCGACAACAUGGUGAUUGAUCACCCGGGUGAGGUCGUCGAUGCGGAAGAGGAGCAAUACAUCCCUGCGAGAGAAAUGAGCAUGGAUGCCGACUACUACUAUGAGAGUGAGGGAGACAGCGAUGUCGAAUCACUCGUUGGCAGGGAGAGAACCGUGAGCAAAGUACGGACAAUGAGUGAGGGCGUUGUGGAGAGGAUGGAGCUCUGAUAUGUCCAUUAUCUACUCCACCACGUUUACCAGCUCGAGAAGGUUAAGUAGAGGUGACUAACCGGCACUCAACAUGUCGGAGUAGCUCACUAUCUCCUUUGACCUCCUUUUUCUCUCC